UGGAUGUUAGUGCUUCUUACCAACGAAACACGGGUUAUCACCUCAAUACAGGCGACUGAGAGACGUUCAGCUGCAGCGAACAGGUGGUUGCUCCAGACAGACUUUUAAAGCACCUUACCUACUGGGAGGAACCACGGGUAAAUUGCAGUUCGACAUGCUAAGGGAGUGAGGUCCAGCAGGGAUACUGCCUUCACUUCCCCUCAUAUCCCUACUCCUCAACCAAGCUGAGCGAGGAAAACAGCUCAGACAGCAGCAGCAGCAGAAAAACACACUGUGAUACUCACAGGCAUGAUGGGAGUCCUUGUGCUCUCUGUUGUGGUGCUAGCAUUCAUCUGUCACAGCCACAGCCUGGAAAUACAAAACCCUCUGUAUCGGUCCAAAAGGUUUCAGGAAAAUGUCUUGUUGGAUCCCAGCAACUGUGCAUCCCGGCCCGAGCAGCAGGUCAUAACAAACUCUCACAACUUCUCUGUGGAUAUUCGGAUGCCCGGUGUUACUCCAAGUGGGUCGGACACUUACCUCUGCAUGUCUUUUCCUGUGCCAACUAGUCGAGAUGCAUAUAUUGUGGACUUCAUACCUCAUGCCAGUAUGAACACGGUUCACCACAUGCUACUGUUUGGCUGCCAGACUCCUGUCUCCACAAGCACCUACUGGGACUGUGGCAGUGCACAAGGCACUUGUGAGGAUGAAGCCUCCAUUAUGUAUGCCUGGGCCCGGAAUGCACCUCCAACUAAAUUACCCAAAGAUGUUGGUUUUAAAGUUGGAAGAAAUUCAGGAAUGUCCUACUUUGUGCUACAGAUCCAUUAUGGAGAUGUCAGUGCUUUCAGAGACCAUCAUAGAGAUUGCUCAGGACUCACUUUAAGAAUGACAUCCAAGCCGCAGCCAUUCAUUGCUGGCAUAUACCUGCUCAUGUCUGUGGACACAGUGAUCCUUCCAGGAAAAAGAGUUACAAACGCAGACAUCGCCUGUGACUACGCUUCAUAUCCUAUCUACCCGUUUGCCUUCAGGACCCACACACACCACCUCGGUAAAGUGGUCAGUGGCUACAGGAUCCGAGAUGGGAAGUGGAGCCUGAUUGGAAGACAGUCCCCUCAGCUGCCACAGGCUUUCUAUCCUGCUAACAAGGAGGUGAAUGUGAAAUAUGGUGACACCAUUGCAGCCAGAUGUGUGUUUACUGGUGAAGGCAGAACCUCCAAAACGUACAUUGGUGGCACCUCUGAUGAUGAAAUGUGCAAUUUCUAUGUAAUGUACUACAUGGACAGCAAACAUGCAAUCCCAUACAUGAACUGCAUGGAGACGGGCUCCAAAGAGCUGUUUCAGCAUAUUCCAGCAGAGGCCAAUGUUCCCAUUGUUGUCAGUCCAGCUCAUAUGAACUCUAUGAUGCAUAUGGGACACUCAACUCACUCAGAUCUUCAGGAUAACAGAUCGCUGUUGGAUGCAAACAAAGCAGAGCAGGUUCUGGAUGAGGGUGACCUGUAUUCUCUUAUGUCCAAGCUACUAGGCCAGGGUAAGGACAUAGUUCACAUUCAUAAGUACAACCCCAGCGAGAUGCAGAGAACCCAGGCUGAGUUGGUGGCUCAGAUUGAUAGCUUAAUGCAAAAGAAUGACCUGGGCUCUCCCAGUGCCACACUAGCCUUCCAAACCAGGGACGAUCCUGUUUUGGUGAGGGACAGAGUCCACAAAUUCCACCAGCUUGAGGCCACGGCCAAGCCCCCAAGAAGCAAGCUGCUAGCUGAAGGACAAGACAACCAUUUGGAGGAGGUCUCAUCGUGGCCACAGAGUUCUCUCCAGCUGGGUCAGGUGUCAGGACUUGCCCUGGACUCAGAUUCUAACUUGGUGAUUUUCCACAGAGGUGACCACCACUGGGGGGCCAACUCUUUUAACAGCCAGGCUAGAUACCAGCAGAGGUCCCUAGGUCCUAUCCAGCAGUCCACUAUUUUGGUUGUGGACCCUGCCAAAGGCAACAUCCUGAAGGCUUCUGGCAGAAACAUGUUUUAUUUGCCUCAUGGAAUAACCACAGACAAAGACAAUAAUUACUGGGUCACUGACGUGGCUCUUCAUCAGGUGUUAAAAGUGAGCAGUGAUGGCAGAGACAGUGUCUUGCUGGCACUGGGAGAGGCUUUCACUCCGGGAAGUGACAGCAACCACUUCUGCCAGCCCACUGACGUGGCUGUAGACACUGCGACUGGGAACAUCUUUGUGUCUGAUGGCUACUGCAAUGCCAGGAUACUGAAGUUCUCUGCUGAUGGCAAAUACCUGUCUGAGUGGGGUGCAGGGUCAUCAGACAGGAGGAGGCGCGUACCGUUCCGGAUCCCCCACAGCCUGGUGUUCCUUCCUGACAAACGGGAGGUUUGUGUGGCCGACAGGGAGAACGGACGAAUUCAGUGCUUUAUGGCUGAAACUGAAGAGUUUGUCAAGGAAAUAAAGAAAGAGGAGUUUGGAGGGGAGGUGUUUGCCAUCACCUAUAGCCCUGCUGGAGAUGGCUUGAUCUUUGCAGUAAAUGGGGAGUCUCCGUAUCACUCAGCUCCACUCAGAGGUUUUGUAAUAAAUUAUUCAACCAAGGAUAUUUUGGAUACCUUCAGCCCAAAGAAAAAGGAAUUUAAAAUGCCUCACGACAUAGUCGUGACCAAGGAUGGCAGCGUCUUUGUCGGGGAUGUAGGCAGUAAAGCAGUCUUCAAGUUUACCACUGAGAAGUUCCAUCGCUCUGUCAAGAAAGCGGGAAUCGAGGUUCAGGAACUUGAAGAAAUGGAGACGUUCGUCCAAACUAAGGUGAGGCCGGAGCACAACGUGUCGAAGACGGCAGCCAUCCAAGAGAAGCAAACCGCGGCUAAGCAGCCUCGACCACAGGAGGAGACGAAAGAGGAGGAGAAGAAGAAGAACACAGCAAAGGCGAACAGAGAGGGGGGUGUACUUCCAGCCAUCAUCACCACGCUGCUGCUCAUCCCUCUGGUGGUGGUCGUCUCCAUAGGAGCCUUUAUCUGCUGGAGGAGAAACAACCGAUGUGAGGUGAAAACCGAACCCAGUUCUGUGGGAGGGAUCUUGGGAAAAAUAAGAGGUAAAGCAGUGGGCAGUCUGAACCUCGGGAACUUCUUCGCAUCCCAUAAGGGUUACAAUCGUCAGGGCUUUGACCAGCUGAGCACCGAAGGCAGCGACCAAGAGAGGAACGACGAGGACAGCAGCGACUCGGAGAACGAGGAGUACUCCGCUCUGCCGCCUCCUCAGUCCUCCUCCUAAGACGUUCGUUCUGGGGCCAGCCACCAAACCUUCUGCUUACAUUGCCAAGUUGUAUGUUAUUCAUCAUAUGUGUAACUGUUGUGUUAGCUGCCAAUCUUAUUGUUUAUAUAUUUAAAUAUAUAUACUGUAUAUAAAAAAAAUAAUUUGGCCUAAUUUAGACAGUUUAAUUUAAUCUUUAUUUAAUUUAGCCAUAGUCUUGAUACACCCACGGUGGCCUGAUUCACAGGUGUCACUGGAAAAGAUUUGAUUUCCCCAAAUCAAAGUCACAAAAAGCAUUAGUGAAAUUAUUUGCACAAUCCAUGGAGAGAGAUUCAGCCUUAGAACGAGAAGGAACCUGCUCAUGGGCUGGGAUAAGAUAUUUUCUUAAAAAAAAAAAAAAAAAAAGCCAGUAUCAGGAACUUCAAGUUCAAUUCUUUGAAAUUCUUGAAAUAUGUUUUAUAGUUGAAACAGGUAAAAACAGAUCAGCCCAUUGCUGGAUUUUUAUUUUAAGACAUUUAAAGGAAAUUUACCAAACUUCACUGAAUGACUUUUUCAGGUGGGGAAUUUCUAUGACUGAAGUGUGGUCAGGUAUUUCAUCAGUCUGGACUGAAGUGUGGUCAGGUAUUUCAUCAGCCAGUUCACGUCCUUUAUUCAUUGAUACUCAAAGUGACCUGAAAACCUUAAGGGCUCUGUUUUCACAGUGGCGCUGUGACCAGCGCAGUGUCAGUUUGGUACUUUCCUGACCGUGACGUUGACUUUGCUCAUCUGUUUGCCCGUCGCACGGGUGGGAGAAAGGUCCAAACAAAUGAGAUCAGCCACCCGCCCCCCCCCAGGUUCUCCAGCUCCCUCCCACAGUCCAAAGACAUGCAGAUGAGGUUAUACUGUUUGUCUCGAUGUGUCAGCCCUGUGAUAGACUGGAGACCUAUUCAGGGUGUACGCUCCUUCUUGCCUAACGUCAGCUGGGAUUGGCUUCAGCUUCCCUCCCCCAACCCCCGUCCCCCAGGUAACAGAGGCUCAUGAAUCCUGCGUAUCAGCUUCUUUCCAAGUUUUUAGGAAAAGUUGGCUUUCUUAUGGUAUGAUGUGACGAUAGGAGUAUUUUUUUUUUAUUAUUAUUUAUUUUUAAGUACUUUUAUUAUUUGCUUCUGUCAUUACUGUACUAAUUAACACUAACUAAUUGUUUAACCCACACCAUCUGCCUCUGGCUGCAGAUUCAGGGUCCUCUGUGUUCACGUCGUGCCGCUCUGCAACUCCCAGACAACAACACGGUCUCCACGAUUCUUCAUUUAUUGAACCGUUGUAGCCACGUUUCACCGCGAUUGGCUCAGAGGUAUGAGAGCAGUCAUGUGAUUAGCUGACAGUGCAUUUAUGAAUCACCACAUCCUCUGAUCUUAUACUGACCUGUGUGUGCACCCAGGGCCUGCUGCUUUGUGCUGGUCACUGAGUGCUCUCCUCUGAAACAGAGCCCUAAGGAAAAAAAAAAACAGAAAACUGCUGUUGACACCUGUUCAGUGGUUGACUGUUCAUUUCACUGUUCAGUGUUAAGAUUUCAUUGAGUCAGAUCUGGACUUAAACACAGUGUUUUUCCAUAACAUUUCAACAUCUGAGUAAGAAUUCAAUCAAGCAGGAUCAGUUCGCAGGUUUUAAUGCAGCCUAGUUUCUUUUUUUUUUUUUUUUAAAUAGUGCAUUCUUUCUUCUCAUAAAUCUCUUCCAUGCCGUAAAGCUACACACAUGCAGCAUUUUUUUUUUUCAACAGAAUCAUUUGCUUCAUGUCAUAGAUCAGUAACAUUUCACUUGUAAUUUUGUGCCUUCUCAUGUUUGUAUUUUUGCCUUUUCUUCUGCAUCUGCCAUUACAGAACGCAUCUCCAGAUGAAAACAGCUGCUGCUAGUUGAGCUUGUACUAUAUUGAUUUUUUUCUUCCAUUCAAGUGAAAAGAUAAUGGAUAUUGAUAGAUAUAUAAUCUAUAUUUAUGUCUGCCUGCAUGUGUGGGUGUGUGGGUGUGUGUGUGUGGGUGUGUACAAUGCCAAUCAAACCACAGCCAAGCACUGUAACUGUCGAUACAUCAGACUCACUUCAAACUAAUUUCAAACACAAAGAAACACAAAACAGCGCGACUUGAGAAAUGUUCAUCUUACGUUAGAACUUAAAUCACUAAAACUUAAAUCACAUGUACUUUAUAUUUUUGCUCUCCCAUUUUUAAAUUCAUGCACUUUCACAAUGUACUUUUGGUUGUAUAAUUAAACAGCAAGCUGAUUGUUGUUCAGUAGAGCGUUUUAAGUUUUCAUCUGUAAAAUGUCAGAAAAUAUCUCAAAAGCGCCCGAACUGAAAUAUUGAACUGUCUUUACAUGAGGGGUGGGACAUGUAGAGCAGCUGGUACAGUCCUUUAAGUGUCUGUCUUCAUGUUUUAAUGGAUCUGUCUCAGCAGCAUAAUCCAGUUCUAAUCCUUUGUUUAUUGUGAACCAUCACACAGCUGUUGAAAAGUCAAACUUAAUCUUAAUUGACACUGCAGUGAGUCAGUUAAACAAAGUCGGCUCACAAACUAACAGCAACUGUGUCAUGUGGAACAAUAUGGACAUUAGAUUAGACACAGUGUCCCAAGGGUUGGACCAGGAUCAGAAUUUGGACAAAGAAACCAGUUCAGUUAAAUCACUAACACUCAAAAUAACAUUCCUCAGUUCAUGCUGACCUUUUUCUGUACCGACAGUAAAUCGCUCGAGAAAUUAUUAAUCGAUCACUUCUGAUGUUAUGAAUGAAUGACUAAUUAAUGAGUGAAAUGAAUGGAAAACUGAGAAUAUGGUGGGAAAUGUGUUCCCUCAGACCCACAGUGCGGGGCAGAGGUCGUUUUAGGUUGUUCAGUGAAAUCUGGUCGCAGGGAUCGCGUGGACGAGUCGCACAAACGCAACAGUUAAUGAAGGCCAAUUCACAUCACACACCUCAUAAAAAAAAAAAAAAACACACACACACGCACGGGAAACACAAAGACCAAAAGUGGUGUUUGUUCCGUUUCGGAUCCCAUUCUGUAUUCUCAGGUUUCAUUUCAUUCGCUCAGUCUUUCAUUCUCUCUUCCGAAGCUUCAUCCUUCACUCUCAGACCUC